AUCCACAUCGUAGUAAAAAUGGUCGGUAUUUGGUUUCUCCUCGCAGCAGUCUUCCAGGUGCAGGCAACUAUUGGUGGUCGGAUUCCCAGAAACUAUAAUGGACCUGCGUUGAUUGGUACUGGCGAAGAUAUGAAGUUGUACACCAAGGGUUAUGCUGAUAGAAAGUGGGAUGGUCCUCUUCAAAAUUCAUGCUGUAUGAUGAGAAUUGCAGUUAUGCCUGACGGUAGUUUACUUGGAGUCGGUGAAGACAAUCAAUUAUAUACUAAGACGUCAAUUUAUUCUGGCAAUUGGAAGGUCGUUGACGGCAGUUGUUGCAUUCAGGAUGUGACUGUAAAUCAAGACGGUACAAUCAUCGCUGUAUCUUCCGCCACAGGCACAAAACUGAUGACUCGUCCCGAUUUGAACAGUGAAUGGACAACCAGCCGUAAAUUCAACGAUGUUGUCCGCAUUGAUGUACUGCCAGACGACACACUUUUAGGUAUUACUAAAACUGGUGGACUCAAACGACGUGUUGGUGGAAUUGAUGGUACAUGGCAAUACCAGAAAACUUAUGGUAUGAAAGCAGACGACAUUUCAAUUCAACCCGACGGAAUCGUACUAGGUAUUGGAAAAGGCGGAUGUGGUGUUCACGCCCUUGACUUAGAGACUGGUAAAUGGGGAGAACAAUUACCUGAAUCUGAAUGUGUAACAGCUAUUGCGUCUCCUGGCAAUUUGAUAUUCCCUGAGCCGACUGAAGAACCAAAAACAGAAGCACCAACCGAGGCCCCAACCGAGGCUCCAACAGAUGCGCCAACAGAGGCACCAACCGAGGCUCCAACAGACGCACCAACAGAUGCACCAACGGAGGCUCCAACAGAAGCACCACCACCACCUUCGACUGAGAGAAUUGAUGGAGCAGUGGUGUCAGUUGGUGACAGUUCUGAUAUAAGUCAAAAUGAUCAAUGUGGUGAUCAAAUAGACUGGAACGCAAACACAUAUGGAGAAAAGAUCACAUUUGAUUGUCAGCUCAGUGGGCGUUAUGUUGCCGUACAACUGAAAGGUCAUAACAACUAUCUACACCUGUGUGAAGUGGAAGUGUUUGGAAUGAAAGGCAUUCCUUGUUCAAUGUAG